AUGGAAUCGAUAUGGGAAAACAUCAGCACCGCACUGGAACUGGCGCCCGACACAGCGGACAGGUGGUUGGCCAAGCUUCGGGCACAGUACGCGCAAAGCCAUCGCCACUACCACACGGAGUCCGAGCUGAUCCGUCGAAAGGUUCCCCAUCUAACGGGAGCGAGCGUAUGCAUUCAGCUGGCCGCCCUGUUUCAGUAUUACCACUUCGAGGCGGACAAAGACUGUGUCGCACGAAAUUGUGAGACAAAAACGCUGGAAGCGAACGUAAAGCGACUGUUGGGAGACUUGCAGAUGGAGGCUGGGGAUCUAUCCGAGGACGACGUGCAAUACUUUCAGGACUUGGACCUGCUAGUACUGGGUAUCCCGGCGGAAGAGUACAAACAAUACACCCAGCAGCUUCGUAACGAAUGUCCGGAAAAGGAUGUCAGUUCCUACGAUAAAAUGCGCCUUAAGCUACUGCAAGCGCUGAGCCGCAUACCGAGCAUUUACAUGACGGCGCAGUUCAGCGAGCGCUUCGAGAGUGCCGCACAAACCAACAUUGAGCAGGAAAUUAAGGAUUUGCAAUCGAAAUAG